GCUAUAUUAUCGCAUGAAGACAUCUUCAUAUCCGCCUCGACAACACUCCCUCUCUCGGUGGCACUACUCUCACGCUCGCUCGCUCCUGUAUCUGUUCUGUAGCCCACCAUGCUCGGCGCAGCACUCCACCUCCUGGCCCGCCAGGACCCCUCCAUGCUUCCGCCGGACCAGCGGCCGACAUCGCUCACCGAGUCACCGUACGGAUACGUCCCCGCGCUCCCCAACGUCAUCGCGUACCUCGCCGUGUUCUCCCUCCUCACGCUCACCCACCUCGGCCUCGGAAUCAAGUACAAAUACUAUUCUGCGAUCGUGACCAUGGUGGCGGGCGGCCUCCUCGAGGUCAUCGGCUGGGCGGGCCGCCUCUGGUCUAACCAGAGCCUCCUCAACUGGAACCCCUUCAUCAUGCAGAUCUGUUGCCUUAUCCUCGGCCCCGUAUUCUUCUCGGCGUGGGACUACACCAUCCUCGGAUUCUGCAUCAAAGUUCUGGGGCCGCAGUACUCCCUGAUCGGUCCGAACUGGUACCUCAUCAUCUUUAUCAUCGCGGAUAUCAUCUCGCUCGUACUCCAAGCGGUCGGCGGCGGCGGCGCCGCCGUCCAAGCCCAAAGGUUCGAAGACACAACCUCGAACACACGCAUCAUGCUCGCCGGCAUCCUGUUCCAGCUCGGCACCACCACCAUCUUCCUGAUCCUCGCCGCCGACUUCAUGUGGCGCGUCGUGGCCCGCAAGCCAUACUCGGACGCCACGCGCCGCCGCUUCGCCUUCUCCUGCUUCAAGCGCAAAAAGGCUUCGGCACCCGGGUCGCCCAACCUCGCCCUCGAGAAGGCGGAUGACCUCGACCCCAAGUGGAUCCGCAGGUCGCAGUACCUCCUCCUCGGCGUGGCGUGGGCGUCCGUCAUGAUCUACAUCCGUGGCAUUUAUCGCUCGAUCGAGCUCGCGCAGGGAUGGACGGGCCAUCUCAUGACCAACGAAGUCUACUUCGUCUGGCUCGACGGCUUCAUGAUGGUCCUCUGCAUGGCGGGGCUGGCUGUCGCCCACCCCGGCUUCCUCCUCCCCGCCAGUGGGUGGUCCUAAGCUAGAGAGAGAGAACGGAAAGUAUAUCAUAGAUUUAGAUGCGGCUGUACAGUAGCUAGAAGCUGGAAGAUUGAUUUCGUGAUAUGUG